AAACAAAAUCUAAAUUUCUUGUAAAAAUUUUUAAAAAAAAAGAAAAAAAUCAAAGAAAUUUAAAAAACGAAAUAUCCAGAUGGCAUCGUUCUCGAUUAUGAUUGGCUUAGGCCGCCUGGUUUCCCAUAAAUCUAUUGCAACGACUGUUACGGAGCUUUUUCAAAAACGCCUAUUCACUUGUAGCAAGGGCCGCGAACCACAUUGUGGUGACAUAUUGAAGGCAAAGGGAUGCGUGAAAGCGGCGGCAAAAUCGGAAAAGAAAGAGGAAGCGGUCAAACAACAACAUCCGCCCCCUUUGCCGUCGAGCGAGCGUGAGAUUAUUAUCCCCGUUAAGCCAGAAUGUUGUCUCGACCCAUGCAAAGAUGCCUUGCCACGCUUCGACUUAUUAUAUUAUAAACGUUCUGAUAAAUUGAAGCGUAAAUAUCAACAAACGUGGGUGGAAUGCCCAGAACUGCUAAAAAAACCAAAAGUCAUAUGUUGUUACGAUAAAGUCCAAUACCCGCCGAUGGAAAAACGACUAAAGAUAGAUCGCCCUUCAACGGCUUGCAGUCCAGUAUGCGCGUCUGCACGCAGUUCGUGUCCGAGCUUCACGCUGCCUAAUUGCCGAGAAUCACGGAAGCCACCCAAAUGCGCCGUUUUCAGAAGCCCAAUGAAAUGUAAGAAGAAGAAGGCUCCGUAUCCCUCGUUCUCUGAAUGUUCUCGCACACGUCCACCACCUCUACAUCCCAUUGAAUGCCACUGUUUAGCUAUAGUCCCCAUGUGUGAAGUAUGGGCCUAUUAUCAAAAAAUGCGCCGCAUAAAGAAGACCGCCGCCAGAUGUUAAAUCAUUAAAAUUUGAAGAACUUCGGAAAAAAGAAGCCGGCAAAUCAAAACGAUGUCCUUUGAAGACUCAUUUUUUCAUUUCUUAAAUCCAAAAAUUAAAAUUUUGGUGUAAUUUGAUAUUCUCAUAUUUGGAUUAAAGCUUGUUAUUGUUCACUAAAUUUAUGCCUGGUGGUAAAAAUUUUUGAAGUAAAUAUAUCAGAAUUUAAGUUCUUUCAAAAGUUGUAUCAUAAGAAAGAAAAAGCUAUACGUAUCGAUUCGAAUUUUUUGGCAGCAAGCAACAUUCUACGCAUAUAGUUUCAAUAAAAGAUUUAUAAUUUUCAACAAAAGCAAGACAGAUCUAUUUAAAUCUUAGCUAAAUGGGUUCUUGCGUGUAAUGGAUGGAAGUUUUUAGGGAGAAUGUAAAAAAUGUGGUGAGAAUAGUAAGCUCAAGAUUUCUUGAUUUCCUGAGGAAGUUGGAGAGAAGUUCCUUAUGUUAAUUCAACUACGAGGGUUGAAGUUAGCGCUGUCUUCUGUCUGAAUGUGAAAACUUUCGAAACUAACCUUACACGACUUCGAUACUCUUCGACUAUUGUAAACGAGAAACUUCGAAUAUCUCGUUUUCAAAUACUAAGAAAAAAAUAGGAAUACGGUUUUUUUUUUUUUGGAGGCUGAUCAUACGCAUAC